AUGGCUCAGCCGGCGGGCCCGGCAGGCGGCGGGGAGCCCCGGGCGGAGCCAACGGGCGGCGAGGGGCCUCCGGACUCCGGGGCGGCUGGCGGCCCGCCGGACGCGCUGAGCCUGGAGGAAAUCCUGCGGCUCUACAACCAGCCCAUCAACGAGGAGCAGGCGUGGGCCGUGUGCUACCAGUGCUGCGGGUCCCUGCGCGCCGCGGACGCCGGCCGCCGCCAGCCCCGUCGCCGCGUGCGCUCAGCCGCGCAGAUCCGCGUCUGGAGGGACGGCGCCGUCACCCUAGCGCCCGACGACGCGGGAGAGCCGCCCCCCGCUGCGGGUAAAUUGGGAUAUUCACAUUGUACAGAAAUAGAGGUUAUUGAAUCUCUGGGAAUUGUUAUUUAUAAAGCACUGGACUAUGGUUUGAAGGAGAAUGAAGAAAGGGAGUUAAGCCCCCCCUUGGAGCAGCUCAUUGAUCACAUGGCCAAUACGGUGGAAGCUGAUGGCAGUAACGAUGAAGGCUAUGAGGCUGCAGAUGAAGGCCUGGAAGAUGAAGAAGAUGAAAAGAGAAAAGUGUCAGCCAUCCGGUCAUAUAGAGAUGUCAUGAAGUUAUGUGCUGCUCAUCUUCCAGCUGAAUCAGAGGCACCGAAUCAUUAUCAGGCAGUAUGUCGUGCACUGUUUGCAGAAACAAUGGAGCUACACACGUUUCUGACUAAAAUUAAGAGUGCAAAGGAGAAUCUUAAGAAGAUUCAAGAAAUGGAAAAAAGUGAUGAAUCUAACACAGACCUGGAAGAGCUGAAAAAUGCUGACUGGGCUCGAUUCUGGGUUCAGGUGAUGAGGGAUUUGCGGAAUGGAGUAAAACUUAAGAAGGUCCAAGAGCGGCAGUACAACCCUUUGCCCAUUGAAUAUCAGCUCACCCCUUAUGAGAUGCUAAUGGACGAUAUUCGAUCCAAAAGAUACACUUUGCGAAAAGUAAUGGUCAAUGGUGAUAUUCCCCCUCGGUUAAAAAAAAGUGCUCAUGAAAUCAUCCUGGACUUCAUCAGAUCAAGACCCCCUUUAAAUCCGGUCUCAGCCAGAAAACUGAAACCCACUCCACCACGGCCACGGAGCCUCCAUGAAAGAAUAUUAGAAGAAAUUAAAGCAGAGAGAAAGCUGCGGCCCGUCUCACCAGAGGAGAUGAGACGCAGCAGAUUAGCAGUGCGGCCACUUAGCAUGUCUUACAGUUUUGACUUGUCAGAUGUAACUACCCCUGAAUCUCCAAAGAACAUUGUGGAAUCAUCGAUGGUGAAUGGAGGUUUAACAUCACAAACGAAAGAAAAUGGAUUGAGUGCUGCACAGCAGGUGCCUGUGCAACGGAAGAAGCUCCUCAAAGCUCCAACUCUGGCUGAACUGGACAGCUCUGACUCCGAGGAGGAAACUCUACACAAGUCAACCAGCAGCAGCAGUGUGUCUCCCUCCUUCCUUGAAGAUCCCAUAGUAGAGGCUGUGUCCACAAGGAAGAAGCCUCCAAAAUUCUUGCCCAUAUCAUCAACACCCCAGCCAGAGAGACGGCAGCCACCCCAGAGACGACAUUCCAUUGAAAAGGAAACACCCACUAAUGUAAGACAGUUUCUUCCACCAUCCAAGCAGAGCUCCCGAUCUCUUGAGGAAUUCUGCUAUCCGGUGGAAUGCCUAGCUCUCACUGUGGAGGAAGUGAUGCAUAUUCGUCAGGUCCUGGUGAAGGCAGAACUGGAAAAAUACCAACAGUAUAAAGAUGUCUACACCGCCCUGAAAAAAGGAAAGCUCUGCUUUUGUUGCCGAACCAGGAGAUUUUCCUUCUUCACCUGGUCUUAUACCUGUCAGUUCUGUAAGAGGCCGGUGUGUUCACAGUGUUGCAAAAAGAUGCGGCUGCCCUCCAAACCAUACUCCACUCUUCCCAUCUUUUCAUUGGGACCUUCUGCCUUGCAAAGAGGGGAAAGUUGCAUGAGGCCAGAAAAGCCUGCCACUGGCCACCAUCGGCCACUCCGGAGCAUUGCCAGGUUCUCCAAAUCUAAGUCUGUGGACAAAUCCGAUGAAGAACUACAGUUUCCCAAAGAGCUGAUGGAGGACUGGAGUACUAUGGAGGUGUGUGUAGACUGCAAAAAGUUUAUUUCGGAAAUCAUCAGUUCGAGCCGGCGCAGCCUGGUGUUGGCUAACAAAAGAGCCCGAUUAAAAAGGAAAACACAGUCUUUCUACGUGUCCUCCCCAGGCGCCUCGGAAUACUGCCCUUCAGAGAGGACUAUCAAUGAAAUCUGAGCCCGUGCCUUUCAGUUGCUUUGUGUUCAGAGUCGGCACUAGCGCGGGAGAACACUGAGCUGGGCUGUCUCUCCUUGCCGUGGUCUUAGUUAAUAGGCUUGAAUUUGCAUUAGAUCAGGUUUUUGCCGCAUCACGUUGUUCCACAGACUGAAUGCUGUGUUCAUCUCGAUUAAUGGUACGUGACAGGUCAGCCAGUUGCUCGUCUGCACCAAGAGAGAACAAUAGUUUGAAACUUGCUUGUGUGUGUGUGUGGAGUUGGAGGCCAGAGACUUUUUCCUUAGUUCAGUUCCUUACUGUUCCUGAGAUCAUUUCCUGACUAAGGCAAAAAGCUUCUCGCAUGAGAAAUCGGCCUCACAACGGUGUCGAUGUUCGCACAGUUCUAAGCAGUAAGUCAUAUUGGCACCUCCACCCGACAGUGUUCCUAUCUAAUGGACAUAGUGGCUGGGCCCUGCCACAUACCAGGUCCCCGGGGUCGCCGGGCCAGGCUGUGUAUCCGCUCACGGCACAAAACCUGGAAGGAUUUGCUCCUAUCAAACUGAUUUUAAAUUGUUGUUGCUCUGAGCAGGGACUUCAUGCCUGCAUUCUAGUGCAGAACAUCUGGGUGAGCUGUACACCCCAGUGGGGGACCAUUUCCUCUGAGCUGCUGUGUUUCCCCUGGGGCCACGGAUCAGUGUCUCCUGAGUGGGUGACAGGUUUUCAUUCCCUAUCUUGAAUGUAUUAUGGUUACUUGUAGUUUUGUAACAGAGGUCUAAGAAUUAAAGUUUUGUGGGAGUUUCAGGACAAAAGAAGGCUAAAAGUUUGUCAAGAAGUCGAGUGUAUUUUGGUUAACUGUGAGAAGGGUUGUGACAGCAUAGUGUGCCGGCCGUUGCCACACUUCGGGGAAUGAGCUGGAGCUCAUCUGUUUUCAACUACAUUUUCCAUAACUUUAUAGUCUUAGCCAUCACAACUAAAUUAAGCCACAAUUUGGUACCUAAGGUCUCAAACUGAAAUUUAUUUAUUUUUAUAAAUGAAUUUUAAGGGGAAAAAAACAUUGUCUAGUUCUUUUAAAAUUACAAGAAAAUUAACCUGCUGAUCGACUUUUUGGAUGCUUUUUGCACAAGUUUUGCUUGCAAACGACUGGAGUGAGUAGGGUAGGUUUUUGAUGGAGGCAUGUUGGAGGGUAGCAGUGUACACUUGAAAUUUCUCAGCUUGCUUAUCCCAGGCUAGGAGCUGUCCUCUAUUAUUUUAGUUCUGCUUAGAAAUGACCAACCAAUCAAAUUGCCAUUGAUGUUUGGAAAAUCAGUUAAUGCACAUGCACAAGAAUUUCCUAAAAGCUAUAGGACACAUCUGUAGUGAGCACUGCAAGAGCACCAUUUAAUAAAAGGCAUGGCAGUCACAUUUCAUUCCACAUCCAAGCAUAGUUAACAUUUCUAUAUUAGAUUAACAGUA